GCAGGUAAAAACUUUGAAAAGGGCUCUGAACCUGUGCUAGGUCUAUUACCCGGUUAUGAGCCACUACCACCAAGUUCAGACAUUAUUUAUAAUAUUUCUGAUGAGGACAUAUCAGAGAACUUUGAUGCCCGGGUGCAAUGGCCCGACUGUUACACCAUUAAAGAGAUUAGAAAUCAAGGGUGUUGUGGGUCAUGUUGGGCAGUCUCUGCAGCGGAGGUCAUAUCCGACCGCAUAUGCAUCGCAUCGAAGGGUGAACAGCAGGUAGAGGUCUCUUCGGAAGAUAUCCUAACCUGUAGUGGAGCCGGAAAUUGCAGUUAUGGUUACCCUAGUGGUGGGUUUGACUACUAUGUCGAGUCGGGUGUUAUCAGCGGGGGUGAAGUGGAUAGUCAUAAAGGCUGUCAGCCCUACACCAUAAUCGGUGAUCAUCCGUGCGCUUCGACCGUACCGACCCCAAAGUGUCAGGAGUCGUGUAUCGCGGGCUAUAACCGUACGUACACUCAGGACAAACAUUUCGGCAGUAAAUCCUAUGGCGUAGAUGUUAAGGAUGUCCAGAAAGAGAUUAUGACAAAUGGACCUGUGGCAGCUGGAUUUACUGUAUAUGAAGACUUUUACUCAUACAAAUCGGGUGUCUAUCAGCACGUGACCGGAAAGCAAAAUGGAGGUCAUGGGGUCAAGCUUAUGGGUUGGGGUGUGGAUAAUGGUGUGAAAUACUGGUUGGUGGCUAACUCGUGGGGCACCGUGUUUGGUGAGCAAGGGUAUUUUAAAAUUAAACGCGGAAAUAACGAGUGCGGAUUUGAGGGUGGUUUCGAUGCCGUGACUCCGAAGCUAGAUCAAAUUGACUACAUAAAUAGUUUGGGUACUACAUGGCAGGCUGGUAAAAACUUUGAAAAAGGGUUUGAACCGGCACUGGGUCUGGCACCCGGUUAUAAGCCACUACCACCAAGCUCAGACAUUACUUAUGAUAUCGCUGAUGAGAACGUACCUGAAGACUAUGAUCCCCGGAUUCACCUUAAAUACUGUUACACCGUUAAGGAGAUUAGAAAUCAAGGGUGUUGUGGGUCAUGUUGGGCAUUCUCUGCAUCCGAGGUCAUAUCCGACCGCAUAUGCAUUGCAUCCGGAAACAAACAACAGGUAGAGGUCUCUGCCGAAGAUGUCUUAACCUGCAGUGGCGCCGGUAGUUGCCAGGGUGGUUGGCCUAGUGCUGUGUUUGACUACUAUAUCAAAUCAGGUGUAAUCACCGGUGGUCUAGUAGACAGUCAUGAGGGUUGUCAGCCCUACACCAUAACUGGUGACCACCCGUGUGCGUCGUACGUACCGACCCCUAAGUGUCAAAAGUCGUGUAUCGCGGGCUAUAAUCGUACGUACACUCAGGACAAACACUUUGGUAGUAAAGCUUAUGGCGUAAGCCUUAAAGAUGUUCAGAAAGAGCUCAUGACAAAUGGACCUGUGUCAGCUAUGUUUACAGUAUACAACGACUUUUUCGCGUACAAAACCGGUGUCUAUCAGCACGUGACCGGUGAGGCAAAAGGACUGCACGCCGUCAAGCUUAUGGGUUGGGGUGUGGAUAAUGGUGUCAAAUACUGGUUGGUGGCUAACUCGUGGGGCACCGUGUUUGGUGACCAAGGUUAUUUCAAAAUUAAACGAGGCAAUGAUGAGUGCGGAUUUGAGGGUGGUUUCGAUGCCGUAACACCAAAAUUAGAGUAAAUUAUAACUUGAUGUAAAUUAUUUUUGUUGAUCAGUUUAAAUAAAAAAUCUUCACUGUUGGUUAGAUGUUGG